AUUUUGAGUAUUUUUAGAAAAUGAGUACUGUGAAAGGAUUUGAUGUGGUUGAGGAAUGUGAAGAAGGAUUUAUUGAGAACGAGAAGAGGUUUGGAGGGGCUAGUGGAGGAGCAUCAAGCUCUUUUGAGUUGAUGAGGAGUGUUUCAACUGAUCCUGCAAGGAAUUUACCGCAACAGAAUAUGUUGAUAGGGUACUCUUUGAUGAUGGUUGCGUUAUUAGGGCUCACAAUGCAACAUUUAUUUGCCAAAAUGGCUUUCUUUUAUAAUGAGAAGCUUACUCCUUAUGAUGCACUUUUGGCGAUUGGGCUUGUCAAUGUCCCUGUGUUUUUAGGAUUAAAUUUAUUUGUGGGUACCAAAAUCAAUAUCUUGAAGUAUGAGCAUAAAGCACAGACGAUUAUCAUUAUAAACUGUCUAGCUUCUGUUGGAGUGAUGACAUCAAUGAUGAGUGGCAUGGCUAUGAUAUCUAUUGCGAAGAGUACUUUGAUAUUUGACUUGAACCCUCUCUUCUGUAUCAUUAUGGCCUUUAUCAUCCUCAGGGAAAAGGUUGAUUAUACUUCAAUUAUCUUUACAUUUGGUGCGUUUGGAGGGAUCUACUUCUUGACAUUGAAUAAAUCAAGUGCAACUGAAGAUGAAGAAUCAAGUGCAUUUCUAGGGAUAUUCUUGGUGUUCAUAGGCUCAUUCAUUCAAGGUACGAUUAUGGUGUUGCUGAGGAUGCUUGCUAUUUACAAUGUGCAUUUCUUGGUCAGACCUUUAUAUAGUUCUGUGGGAAUUUGAAUAUUCUGUGGUCUGAUAUAUUUUCUGAUUCCAGGAAAAAUCCACUUCCCUGAUUACUCAGCAUUAGAUAUCUUACUAUUAUUUAUGAAUGCUUUGGGAUAUACAAUCUGUUUACCAGCACUUGCCAUGGCUCUGAUGUACCAAAAGUCCUCCCAUCUAGCUCCAGUGAACUAUCUCGAAAAUGUGUUCGCUCUGUUGGCCGACUUCUUCAUUUUCAAAUACAGCUUUGUGUGGACAGACUACUUAGGAAUGGGGAUCAUCUUCGUGUGCUUAUUAAUCCCAGCCAUUCUCAAAAUCAAGAACGAGAGCUAAGUUUCAACUUAAA